AGUUAAUAAAGUAUCUUYAAUGGUCGCUCUCCGUUUAGGUUACUCAAGAGUCARGAGAAGAAAGAGUAAUGAGAAGAAGCUCAGGUAUGAAGGCGAAACUUGAUUGAUUUGUACAAGUUCAGAUAUCUCCCUUUACUGCUUUUCAAGCACAUUUGACGUAAAAAUCAACGAGACGUGAAGAUCAACGUGUGCCAAUGCGCAAUCGCGGCGCAAGGUUGACGCUCAUGAAUGCAUCAAAGUUGUCCACAGAGUUCCAUCAAAGAUGGCGUCUCAGCGUCGGCAAAUGAUGCAAAGCCAUCAGAGCUGGACAGAUGACCUGCCCCUMUGUCAGAUGUGCGGGGUGGGCACGGCCCCCAACUGUACCUACGGACCCGACGGAAAGGACACCCAGAGCCACCCCAACGAGGACGGACACUUCAGGUUCAGAGGUGAGGAAGGCUGUUUCCUGUAUGGAGUGUUUAAUGGGUUUGAUGGGAGCAGAGUCUCCAGCUUCGUCUCUCAGUGUCUGACAGCAGAACUGCUUCUGGGACAGCUCAAGUCUACACACACUGACGCUGAUGUCCGCAGAAUUCUCUCACAGGCCUUCGACGUUGUAGAGAAGAGUUACUUUGAGACAAUCGGUGACGCUCUUGCAGAGAAGGCUACUAUUAUAUCUCAACUACCUGAGGGAGUAUCGUUCCACCAGCUCCCCCAGAGUCAGAAGCUUUCUGAGCGGCUGAAGGACCUGGAACAGGAAGUGUCUGGUGGAGCUACCGCUGUUGUGGCUCUGAUACACAACAACAAGCUCUACAUCGCCAACGUGGGUACCAACCGGGCCCUGCUGUGUAAGUCGACCAGCGACGGUCAGAACCAGGUGAUCCAGAUUGGACGACCUCACACCACAGAGAACGAGGACGAGCUACAGAGACUGGCUGGGCUGGGUCUUGAUGUGUCUGGUCUUCGUCAGGCGACUCUGAUAGCUGGUCAGAGCAGCACCAGGAGGAUUGGAGACUACAGGGUUAAAUAUAACUACGCAGAUAUAGAUCUGUUGAG